CCCAGGCAGAGGAAGAAGAAGGCUCCCUGCAGUGAGCCUGAUGUGAGACUCGAUCCCAGGAUCCUGGGAUCACAAUCUGAAUCAAAGGCAGACGCUCAACCACUGAGCCACCCAGGUGUCCCCCUUUUAACUAUUCCUACACUUAACUGAUCUGACUUGACGCUGAAGUCAAGAACAUUUCCAAAUCUGAAAUGACAGGCUGUAUUAGCUCAAGUUUUUGAAAAAUGCUGGAGCCAAUAAACUAAUGGUAUAAUGGUGCAAAACGGAAUCGAAUCACCGAUGGACGAUGGGAAAAGCACCCAAAGGGUCGGUUUCUCAUCUUGGUGUUAAGUAGAUUUAUCCGGCUCCUCAACGGACAAGAUCAUCACCCCGAGAAACACGGGAACAAAGGCAUUUAAAAAAGAGAUGCUAAUAUCUGUGAAAACAAAGUCGUCUGUAUUCACGUGUACACCAGUCUCCUGAAUUUUGUGAAGGAAAAACAAAAUGCGGACAACACUCUGUGGACCCUGAGGGAUGACCCAGUUAGUCCCUGAGAGUUCUUCAUCAGCAUUCUGUGAUAAUAGAAUGUGGACUUCUGCCCAUUAAAAUCCACUGACCAUUGAGGCUAACUGCCAGGAGACUGGAUUCUGACUUCCAACCAUUGGUAUCUUUGUGAAAAUCGGUCUACAUCCACCCUUUAAAAGCACUGAUGAAUCAGUCAGAACUUUUGAAAGCAAAGAAAAAUUGACAAAUUUUAGUAAAACAAAGGAGUUGUUAAAUACAAACUAGAAGGAGGCAAGACUUAACUUACAAUUUACCCUCUAAGAACAAAUGUAGUUGCCACGUUAAUAGGAAAAAAUGAACAGCACGUGUAUUGAAGAACAACACUACCUGGAUCACUACUUGUUUCCAGUCGUUUACAUCUUUGUGGUCAUAGCCAGUGUUCCAGCCAACAUCGGGUCUCUGUGUGUGUCUUUUCUGCAAGCAAAGAAGGAGAAUGAACUAGGAAUUUACCUCUUCAGUUUAUCACUAUCAGAUCUGCUCUACACGUUAACUCUCCCUCUAUGGAUUGAUUACACUUUGAAUAACGACAACUGGACUUUCUCUCCUGCCUUGUGCAAGAGCAGUGCUUUCUUCAUGUACAUGAACUUUUACAGCAGCACAGCGUUCCUCACCUGUAUCGCCAUUGAUCGGUACUUAGCGGUGGUCCACCCUUUGAAGUUUUCUUUUGUAAGAACAAGAAGGUUUGCAUUCGUGGCCAGCCUGUCCAUCUGGGUAUUGGAAACCAUGUUCAAUGGCGUCAUUCUGUGGGAAGAUGAAACAGCUAUAGAAUAUUGUGACGCCAAAAAGUCUAAUUUUACUUUAUGCUAUGACAAAUACCCCCUAGAGAAGUGGCAAAUCAGUUUGAACUUGUUUAGGACAUGUACAGGCUAUGCAAUACCAUUGGUCAUUAUAAUGAUUUGCAACCAGAAAGUCUACCAAGCUGUGCAGCAUAAUCAAGCCACGGAAGACGGUGAAAAGAAGAGAAUCAUAAAACUGCUUAUGAGUAUCACAUUGACUUUUGUCUUGUGUUUUACUCCGUUUCAUGUGAUGCUGCUGAUUCGCAGCAUCUUAGAGCAUGAUGUGGACUUCAAUGAACAUAUCUUUGACCACAACAAGUCUGGGAGGCAGACUUACAAAAUGUACAGAAUCACAGUUGCAUUAACAAGUUUAAAUUGUGUGGCAGAUCCAAUUCUGUACUGUUUUGUAACUGAAACAGGAAGAUCUGAUAUGUGGAAUAUACUAAAAUUCUGUACUGGGAAGCUUAAUAACUCACAAGGACAAAGAAAAAGGAUACUUUCUAUGUCUACAAGAGAUACCAUGGAAUUAGACAUCUUGGAGUAGGAGCAAAUAAUGUUUAUAAGGUACACAGUAGCGUAUCAUCAAGAUGAUAUUUUGAAGAGGAAAUCAAACAUGGGAGAGGACUAAGUGUUCCAACUGAGUAUUUUAAUCUUUUAGAAGCAUGGUGUAUAGUUCCCUGACUUUUGUUAAAUUGAAUAUUAAACAAAGUUUAAUAUAA